UUUGAUGUCCCGCCAAUCCAAUCCCUCCUCCGUCUCUCUCUCUCUCCCCCUCACACACACACACACACACUCCCUCGCGGCUCGCACUUCCGGCUAAUAUUUGGAACUGAACUUACUAUUUUCUAGGCAGUUGGUGGCGCCCUGAUUAGCUCCGUAUUCUCAACGGAUGACAAUCUGGGUUUUCCAGACGAGGAGGAACAAUAUUUAGUAGUGAUGAAGCAAAAGCAUACGAGCGGAAGCAGCUCAGAUGGAGGCACGAAUUGUAAAUUCAAUUGGUCAGAGCAUGCCAAAGCACAUAAUAACUUCUCGUGCCAAGAUAAGUUCUUGAGCUCGAAAUUCCUGUUCUCAUUGUCAAGUCAGAAACCUCAAGUUGUUGAAGCAAUGGGUGCAAGGCCUGUGCUUUGUCAAGUUCACGAUGUCAGGAUGCAGAGUCAGCAACUUGAAAAGGCUUGGCAGCUGCUUUCCAGCCUUCAAUUAUCGUCUAGAAGUUAUAGUAAACCUGGGAAAAGCAUUCCUUUAGCAAAAAAUGUCAAUGCAUCCAUGUCUGGAGGUUCAAGACAUACAACUCAGCACUUCCAAUCUGAUUUGAAGAGCACGGCUGCAGGACGAGAUCAAAAUGAUCAAAGCUUUAGUAAAGGUGAUGUACAAGCUGGUGGGCCCAGUAAAAGCCUGAACAGUUGUUUCUCAACCCACACUUUUAAGGAAGCUAGACAGGUUUCAGUUGGACAGAAUGGCUCACACUCAGUAAUCAGCGAUACAUUGCAUAAAGAAACUGUCCAUCACACUGUCAGUAAAUCUGCAAUGCAUACAAGUGCAAGGAAUGGUGGCCCCACGUCCUCCUUUUCUGUUGACAUGGAUGAUGAUGACAUUUUGGAGAAUAUUGAUGUGGACCAAUUAGUUUCAGAUCAUUAUCAGUCUACACCUCAACCAUCACUCUCUAAACUUCCACCAAUUACUCCACAUCCAGUUAAAGACAAUUUUCGUGGUGAUGGAAUAAAUUUGCCUCCAGAACUGUGCUUAAUAUGCAGUCACGGUUGUAAGCUAGGUUUGUGCUCUGAAGCUUCAGACCACCUUAAAACGUUGAAGGAUACCCUGAUAGCGAUAUCAAAUGAUCUAUUAGACAAUGCUGAUGAGAUGACUUCUGAGAAAGUAGACGCCCUUCGUCAGGAAAGGCAGCAGCUGAAGGAACGAAUUAAGCAGCUUGAGAAGCAUAUUCCUAAUAUGUCAGUCAAUGAGGAAAGAAGAACAUCACAUUUUUCAGCAUCUACAGCAACACCUAUGGAUUUUCAUUAUGAGACCCCUGGCACAGUGCCAUUCAAAAUUGGUCCCACAAGGCUUGAUUCCCAGUUCCAAGCAAGCAAUACACUAUACGGGUCUGAUAGAUGGGGUUCAUCAUCAUGCCAUACAACAAAUGGUAUAGGGGUUUCAACUCCAUUUGAGAGAACACCUUAUGUGCCCAAGCAUAUAGAAGUCAAUUACAUAGAUGGUUCAACUGAUCAAAAAUGGAGCAGUCGGGAAUUUCCUUGGAUGAAAAAACUAGAGGCUGAAAAUAAACGGACAUUUGGUAAUCAUUCCUUUCGACCAAACCAAAGAGAGGUGAUCAAUGCUACAAUGAGUGGACAUGAUGUGUUUGUUCUAAUGCCAACUGGAGGGGGGAAAAGUCUGACUUAUCAGCUCCCUGCACAUAUAUGUCCUGGCAUAACUUUAGUCAUUUCACCUCUUGUUUCUCUUAUCCAAGACCAAAUCAUGCAUCUUUUGCAGGCAAACAUUGGUGCUGCUUAUCUCAGUGCCAACAUGGACUGGACUGAGCAGCAGGAGAUUUUCAGGGAGCUUAAUUCAGAAUACUGCAAAUACAAACUGCUGUAUGUCACCCCUGAGAAAGUCGCCAAAAGUGAUGUCCUUCUGCGGCAUUUGGAGAACCUGCAUGCUCGUGAGUAUCUUGCUAGGAUUGUGAUUGAUGAAGCUCAUUGUGUUAGCCAAUGGGGACAUGAUUUUAGACCCGAUUACCAGAGUCUUGGUAUUUUGAAGCAGAUGUUCCCAACUGUACCGGUACUGGCCUUAACUGCUACUGCUACUAGCAGUGUAAAGGAAGAUGUUGUACAAGCUCUUGGUCUAGUGAAUUGCAUCGUUUUCCGGCAAAGUUUUAAUCGUCCAAACCUGCGAUAUUCGGUCAUUCCUAAGACAAAAAAGUGUAUAGAAGAUAUUGACAAAUUUAUCAAAGACAAUCAUUUCGAUGAGUGUGGGAUCAUUUAUUGUCUUUCUAGAAUGGAUUGCGAAAAAGUAGCUGAAAAGCUAAAGGAAUCUGGGCACAAGGCAGAAUUUUACCAUGGGAGCAUGGAGUCUACGCAACGUACAAUGAUUCAAAGACAGUGGAGCAAGGAUGAGAUCAACAUUAUAUGUGCAACAGUGGCCUUUGGCAUGGGUAUCAAUAAGCCCGAUGUUAGGUUUGUCAUACACCAUUCUCUUCCAAAAUCUAUUGAAGGCUACCAUCAGGAGUGUGGUCGUGCUGGUAGGGAUGGCCAACCUGCAUCUUGCGUGUUAUACUACAAUUAUAGUGAUUAUAUCCGGGUGAAGCAUAUGAUUAGUCAAGGAGCGUUUGAGCAAACUCCCUUUGCAUCUGGACGUAGUCGUAGCAACAUGACAUCCUCUGCGAGGUUAUUGGAGACGAACACUGAGAAUCUUCUAAGAAUGGUUAGCUACUCUGAGAAUGAUGUUGACUGUCGACGUCUGCUACAACUUAUUCAUUUUGGAGAAAAAUUUGAUUCUCUUAACUGCCGGAAAACAUGCGACAAUUGCUCCAAGAACCAAACCUAUGUUGAGAAAGAUGUCACUGAGAUAGCUAAGCAGCUGGUUGAAUUGGUAAAGAUGACAGGACAGCAGUUUUCAACAGCCCAUCUGUUGGAAGUCUACAGAGGUUCCUUGAGCCAAUAUGUCAAGAAACACGGACAUGAAACAUUGAGCCUGCAUGGAGCUGGAAAACAUAUGGCUAAAGGUGAAGCAUCCCGUGUGUUGCGUCAUUUGGUCAUUGAAGAUAUACUUUUUGAGGAAGUGAAAAAGAGCGAUUUAUAUGGAUCAGUGUCCUCCGUGGUAAAGGUGAAUGAUUCCAAGGCCCACAAUAUCUUUGUUGGAGGCCAGACAAUUAAACUAAGAUUCCCUUCUUCUGCUAAAGCUUCCAAGUCAGGUAGAUCAGAAGCCACUCCGGCAAAGGGCUCACUGACUUCAGGAAAGCAAAGCUCUCCACUGAUGGAUAACCCCGCCCAACCUCAGCCCGCAGUGGAUACGGUCCUCUCAGCCAAUCUGUAUACUUCGUUGCGAAAGCUUAGAAACUCCCUUAUGAGGGAAGGUGGAGAAGGGCUGUUUACACAUCACAUUUUCACAAAUGCUACAUUGCAUCAGAUCAGUGAGAAAAUACCUAGAAGUAAAGAGGAACUUUUAGAGAUCAACGGUAUUGGCAAGGUAAAGAUAAGCAAAUACGGCGACAGGUUGCUGGAAACCAUUGAAGCAACCAUCAAAGGCCAUAACAAAGACCGCAGCAGCAGCAGCAGCAACGACAGUCUUGACUCAAAAAGGCGAAGAGAUGCUGCCAGCAUCCCCGGUGGGAACUGCAACGAUGACGACUCCUUCACUCACAGCACUGCACGGACCAAGAAAAGGCUGGUGAAGAAACAGGAUAAGAGCUCGAAGAAGGCUUCACAUCAUGUAUACGAGAUCCCCGACGACCCGUUUGAGCUCGAAGGCGUCGACUUCGACGACGAACUAUUUGAUGUCGAUGUUAGUGAAGUCCAACAAAGAGUUCUGCCUCCAUCAUGGUCAGCCAAUGGAAGCCAAGUUUAUGGUUGAUGUUGUAUUUUAAGUUUCACAUAUCUCUAUUGUAUAGGUUUCUAUCAGUGUCGUAGAAACUACCGUGCGACUUUGUAUGUAGAAAAUGCUUCACGCUUAUUUUCGCGACAUUAAGCCAAAAGUGACUUAUUUUUCGUUCUUUUAA